AUUUCACAACAUUAGCUGGCCAGUUAGCCAAGUUUGUUCCAGAGCUACCGCUGCAGCGUUAGUGGUUAUGCGCCUUAUAACUUAUUGCACAGAAUUAGCUAGCUAGCUAACCGGAAAGCCAUUUGGAAUAGAAAACAGAGACAAGUAUAGUUUAGUAUAGAAACCAGUUCGCUAGAUAUUCAAUUUUGCAAAUAUGUCUGGAAGUCCAAAAUUUGUAAGUCCCUUUCACAGACCCUACUGUAUAGCAGCCGCUGCACCGGCAGGCAAAGCAAAGCUGACUCAUCCUGGCAAAGCGAUUUUAGCAGGUGGGAUCGCGGGAGGCAUCGAGAUCUGCAUCACCUUCCCCACGGAGUACGUGAAGACCCAGCUGCAGCUGGACGAGAGGGCCAACCCGCCACGCUACAGAGGCAUCGGGGACUGUGUGAAGCAGACUGUGCAGGGUCAUGGUGUGGGUGGGCUGUACAGAGGCCUCAGCUCACUGCUCUAUGGCUCCAUUCCCAAAGCCGCUGUUCGGUUUGGCAUGUUUGAGUUCCUUAGCAACAAGAUGCGGGACGAGUCGGGGAAGCUGGACAGCACGCAGGGGCUGAUCUGCGGGCUGGGGGCGGGCGUGGCCGAGGCUGUCCUGGUGGUCUGCCCCAUGGAGACCGUGAAGGUGAAGUUUAUCCACGACCAGACCUCUGGGAACCCCAAGUACAGGGGCUUCUUCCACGGAGUGAGAGAGAUCGUCAGAACCCAAGGCCUGCGGGGGACGUAUCAGGGGCUGACAGCGACGGUGCUGAAGCAGGGCUCCAACCAGGCCAUCCGCUUCUUCGUGAUGACCUCACUCAGGAACUGGUACAAAGGGGAUAACCCGAACAAGGCCAUUAACCCGCUGAUAACAGGGCUGUUCGGUGCCAUCGCUGGGGCUGCCAGCGUGUUCGGGAACACCCCCCUGGACGUGAUUAAGACCCGGAUGCAGGGUCUGGAAGCUCACAAAUACAAAAGCACCGUCGACUGCGCGGUAAAGAUCAUGAAGCACGAGGGACCAACUGCAUUCUACAAGGGCACAGUGCCACGUUUGGGCCGGGUGUGCUUGGACGUCGCCAUAGUGUUUAUAAUCUACGACGAGGUGGUGAAAGUUCUGAACAAGGUCUGGAAGACUGAGUGAGGAGGAUGGCUACGUGAUUGGCUAAGGCCAGAAAAUGACCCUGUGACAUCACUCUGGGAAUUAAAGGGGUGGGGACAAAAUGUUUGCCAAAGUCACUGGUUUUGUAUCCAUUAACAGAUAUUAAUGCUUUUUCUAUGUGUUAAUACGCCUUAUUUUAAAAUAUGACAUUUCUAUGAAUGUGAAAUAUAGGGGCUUAUUUCAGCUGAAAUGGACGUUCCGUUUUCCCUUUGCUGACCUCAUAAGAUGUAAGUAACUCAGUUCUGUAAAUGGACUGUUCGUCCUUUUCACAGUCCAGACAGAUAUUUUGUGCAACUUGUCACCUGACAAUAAUACCAUGUCACGUGAAGUAGGUUUCCUUACUGCACAAAAAGCCCUACAUCUAUCAACAGUUUCUUCGUAAGCUUCAAUUGUUUGCUUGCUACGAGAACACAAAUGCCAAAAAAAUCUUUUGAAAAUUUAUUUUUCUUAAUUUUUUUUGUUGCUGCUGCUGUUUUGACUGCCCAUGUGGAUGCAAACAUUUCCAGUUUUUUUCCCCCCAAAACAAAUUUAUUUACUUUUUGCAGUAACAUUUUACUUUGCACUCUUUGGCUCCCUCCUACCUCAGUACUUCAGAACGCCUUAACACAUUAAAUACCCUAACACACUGCCCUUCACAUGCCUUAACACACUGAAUACCCCCAACACACUGCCCUUCAGAACGCCUUAACACAUUAAAUACCCUAACACACUGCCCUUCACAUGCCUUAACACACUGAAUACCCCCAACACACUGCCCUUCAGAACGCCUUAACAUAUUAAACACCCCAACACACUGCCCUUCACAUGCCUUAACACACUGAAUACCCCCAACACACUGCCCUUCAGAACGCCUUAACACAUUAAAUACCAAACACAAUGCCCUUCAGAACGCCUUAACACAUUAAAUACCCCAACAUAAUGUCCUUCAGAACGCCUAACACAUUAUAUACCCCAACACAAUGUCCUUCAGACCGCCUAACACAUUAUAUACCCCAACACAAUGUACCCCAACGUGCCGAUUUAAGCAGCUCAGUUUAUUUUGUUCCCCCUCUUCCAUUGUGAGCAGGUCAGUGCAGUUGUACUAUAACUGCUGUAAUGUUCAGCCAUUUGAUGUUGUGUUUAUCAUCCAUUUAGCCAAAUUUCUUUGACUAAUAUAAUACAUUUAUAUUUUAAUCAACUUUUCAAAAUGGUGUUUAAUGUAUUUACAGAAAUGAAUUCUAUUGCUAUUAAAUAAUUUGUUUUAGACACUACAGACCAGUGCAAAUGCUUACUACAGUUUAGUGAAGAUGUGAAAGAUGCACCUCAUAGUAGGCCUGGUCUGUGUUAGUAAUCUGUUUUAACUACGAGCUUCUGUGCUCUGCAGUAACUCUACUCAUUUUAAUAACUGCCUUUGCCUUCAGUGCCUUCAGGUUGGAUUCUGUGUGUUUUUAUUAUCUUGAAAGAUGAAAAUGAUAUUUGUAGGGACAAACGGAGGCCACGUCAGAAUGUUGUCUUUGCUGGUUGCUGUGGAUCUUACACAGGGCUCCUCUGCCUGCCCGCUGUACCCUAAGCCUGCCCGCUGUACCCUCCGCCUGCCCGCUGUACCCUCAGCCUGCCUGCUGUACCCUAAGCCUGCCCGCUGUACCCUAAGCCUGCCCGCUGUACCCUAAGCCUGCCCGCUGUACCCUCAGCGUGCCCGCUGUACCCUAAGCCUGCCAGCUGUACCCUCAGCGUGCCCGUUGUACCCUAAGCCUGCCCGCUGUACCCUAAGCCUGCCCGCUGUACCCUCAGCGUGCCCGCUGUACCCUAAGCCUGCCCGCUGUACCCUAAGCCUCAUGAGCAGCUCUAUGACAGCAUCUCAGUCCUGUUUGACCUGCUCAUGAGCGGCUCUCCUGUUGCUUUUAUCCCUGGGACCUCCCCUGCCUAACAUCCCUGCGCGACCUUCACGCGCAGACCUCCUGUCGGCCGGCCUGCUGUACUCUGCUCCUCACUGCCUGUCCUGGGGCCGUGUCUCUGGGUCAUAAGCUCUGCUCUGUAGAUUACAGUAUGUCCCAGUAGCAGCCUGUGAGCGCCAGUGAGCUGGGAUUUAGGGAGCAGCGUCAUGUGACACGAGCCAUGCUUCAGCCAUGGUUCAGAUUCACACUAAUGGAACGCUGGUGAUUUUUUUAUAAUGAAAAGUAAUAUGUAUUUUCCUUCUCAGACAGUUUGGCAGGUUCAGAUUUCACUAAAAGGAAAGCUGCCAGACUGGGACCAUUCGUAUAGUUUUGGCUGAACGCACACCUUCCCCUCUGCUUUAGAUCUGCUAUACUGUCACUGCACUGCACCCAACCGCUAUUAAAGCUGGUCAGAGCCACACCUGUCUAAUCUGCAAGUACACGACAAAACAAACUCACUCUUCGCUCUUGCUGAGAAUUCCAUUUUUUUUUUUUUUUUUUUUAAACAGAAUAUUGUGAGACAGAACUGGAAAAAAAUGUAUGCUUCUUGUAAUGUGUCCAUAUUUUUAAAUGAAAACAUUUCUAUGACUGUGAAAUACAGGGGCUUAUUUUAGCUGAAAUGGAUGCAGAAACAGCCAGUAUGUCCAGUUUUGUAAUGCUAAAACAAACUGGGUUUGUGAAGAAAAAGCACAACGCUUGCAUUUACUUGCAGGUCGGAGUUGAGGACAGAUACUGCCGUGAUUCUGGCUUCUGACACCCCUGUGCAUGCAGAGUGGUCUGGUUUCCAGGGCAGCCAGUGAAUGACCUGAUUGGUUAAAUUACGGCACUUAUCAUCACUUAUGGCUCCGCCCUAGAACAUUAGGAUUAAGUGCAUAGUGUUGCAAAUCGUUUGUGCAGUUAGGCAUCCCUGUUGUGUGACACUUUAACAUUAAAGAUGGAAAAAACGCACAUGUACACCCCAACCUCGGCACCCUCUGCAACGGAAUCGACAUUUAUAUCCACGUACAGCCUGAAGGCGAGUCUGUGAAAAACACCACUUUUCCGUUGUAUGAAGUAAAAAGGAGAUGGCCUGAUGUGCCUGUGUGUACGAACGAUAUGGGAGUGUGUGUGUGUGUGUGACUCUGCACGUAUCAUCCUCAGGUGUGGUGCUGUGUCAAAUGCAGUGUGCCUUAAGAUCAUGGUGAAUGUCAAAAAGUAAAAAAUUCUAACUUUGUUCUUAAUCCAAUAAAUUAAGCUGAAACCCUGAUGUAAUAAA